GCUUCUCGUUCUCUCUCUCGCACUCUGCUCAUCUUCUCCCGGUAAAAUUCACUACUGCACUGCACAGAUGUCCUCGUGCGCAUUCGCCGGAGGCCGAGUUGCUGCGUCUACGAUCAUCAACUCCAUCGUCAACAUCUUCGCCGCCGGGCUCCGUUUCACCAAGCUGUGCAUCGAUUUGGAGUUCAAUGAAGCUGGCGACCCACGGGUCUUCGAGAAUUUCCUGCUGCUGGACAAAUCCAUCACCUGUUUCAAGCUAUUUAUCACUGCUUAUCGUGAUGUUCAUGCCAACGGAUUCGGGACGUCUCCGGUCUCCUGCUUGGUUGGGCUGUUCCUUCACCUCUUCACUAUUCUGAUUUAUCUCUACAAGAAUCACAAGCCUUGGGCUAGAGCUUGGGUACGUAAAAUAAUACGUAUAACCUUCAUGUAGUAUUAUUUUUUCUUCUAUUCCCUUUUACACAAGCUGGUCCACGAAGUCGCUGUGACGAAUGGAAAAUGUACGC